GAAGCUCAUGCACAUCGCGGCAACCAAGAAGGAGGAUAUUCAUGACCUGGCCAGCUAUGGCUUCGUGCAGAAGUCGGAUGGAGGUGAGGUUGACGUCACACACAACUGGCAGGUUAUGUGCCAGGGCAUUCAAGGUUACAUCAAGGAGCAGUUGAACCAGGGUAUGAUCGACGGCUUCGAUGCGAAUGGCAUCACCUACUUCAACAAGUAUGCCACGCUCAAGGACCGCCACACCAUCCAGCUUGACGAUGGUCAGGGUGGGGUGCAGACGGUCACGGCCAAUUACAUCAUGCUGGCCGCUGGCGGCCGCCCGAACAACGGCGGCUAUCCAGGAGCUGAUGAGCACUGCAUCUCCUCGGAUGAUCUUUUCUGGCUGAAGGAAGCUCCCGGCAAGACACUGGUGGUGGGAGCGGCCUACAUUGCUCUGGAGUGUGCCGGCUUCCUCAAUGGUCUCGGCUAUGACACCACGGUCAUGGUGCGGUCGAUGCUCCUCAGAGGCUUCGAUCGAGAGUGCGUGGAUAAGAUCGACCUCUACAUGCAGAAGGUCGGAGUGAAAUUCAUCCGUGGCACUGUGCCGGACAGAUUCGAGGCUGGCACUACGAAGAAGGUCAAGGCAGUGUGGAAGCAGGGCGGCCAGGAGUUCAGCGAUGAGUUCGACACCGUUCUCCUGGCCAUUGGCCGAACCGGUGAGGCUGCCAAGCUGGGCUUGGAAAAUGCUGGCGUCUACUUCAAUCCGAGUACUGGCAAGGUGCCAGCGCCUGCAGAGGGCACAAAUGUGCCGAACAUCUUUUGCAUUGGCGAUUUGGUGGAGAACAGGCCAGAGUUGACUCCUGUGGCCAAGGUUGCCGGAAAGAAGGUAGUGCAUCGGCUCUUCCAGGGAGAUCAGGAGGCAAUGAAUUACCGCCUCAUUGCCACAACGGUGUUCACGCCUCUGGAGUAUGGCAUGUGCGGCCUCAAUGAGGAGCAGUGCAUAGAGAAGUACGGUGCCGACGGCUACACAUCCUACACGAAGGAGGCAAAGCCACUGGAGUGGUCCGUGGUGAAGCACCGAAGCCCA